GUCAGUACAACACGCAAACAACAAUCAAGAUGAAGUUCGUUCUUGCUCUCCUCGCCCUCGUCGCCGUGGCCGCCGCCCGCCCCGGCAGCGUCCUGGACCUGGACUUCGAUGACUUCCACAUUGAUCAGGAUAUUUCCAACGAGGUGGUGCAGGGAACCUACAGCUGGACGUCCCCAGAGGGAGACAAAUUCUUCAUCAAGUACAUCGCCGACGAUGACGGAUACCGCAUCGUCGAGUCCAACGCCGUGCCCGUCACCAACGGCGUCGCCGCCGACGGCAACCAGGGAUCCUUCGACUCCUUCGAGGAUCUCUUCGACAGGAAGUGAGCUGAUCUGGAUCCGACCGACCAAAGGGCGCCCACAACGGACCCGUCCCUCCGAAAAUGGUCGAGGGGAAGGCGAUGUCUUUCCCACUCAGGGUCCCUGGGCCUUUAGUGGAGCCUGGCGGCAGAUGAAGUGGAUUCAUAGCAUAAUUUAUUAUAAUUUUCUGUGUUUAGUGUGAACGUCAAUCGAAUAAAUUCAAACUUAC